AUGUCUCAAAAAAAGUCAGCUAUUCUCUCUGUCUACGACAAGACCGGUCUUCUUGACCUGGCAAAGGGCCUCGCCAAGCACAAUGUCCGCCUGCUCGCCUCCGGUGGUACCGCGAGGAUGAUUCGGGAGGCGGGAUUCCCAGUUGAAGAUGUUUCAGCUAUCACCCACGCGCCUGAGAUGCUCGGUGGUCGUGUGAAGACCCUCCACCCUGCCGUCCACGGCGGUAUUCUUGCCCGUGAUAUUGAGUCCGACGAGAAAGAUCUGGCCGACCAGAACAUCGCCAAGGUCGACUUCGUUGUCUGCAACCUGUACCCCUUCAAGGAGACCGUUAACAAGGUCAACGUCACCAUCGAAGAAGCUGUGGAGGAGAUUGAUAUCGGCGGUGUGACUCUGCUCCGUGCUGCCGCUAAGAACCACUCACGCGUUACCAUUCUCUCAGAUCCCCAGGAUUACCCUGAGUUCCUUAAAGAGCUCGAGGCUGGUGAGAUUACUGAGACCAGCCGCCGAUCCUAUGCCCUCAAGGCUUUCGAACACACUGCGGACUACGAUACCGCCAUCUCUGGCUUCUUCCGCAAGCAAUAUGCUGGUAACGGCGAGCAGCACCUCUCUCUCCGCUACGGAACCAACCCUCACCAGAAGCCUGCCUCUGCUUGCAUGCCUCAGGGCAAGCUACCUUUCAAGGCUCUCAACGGCUCCCCUGGAUACGUCAACCUUCUGGAUGCUCUCAACGCGUGGGCUCUUGUCAAGGAGCUCAAGCAGGCUCUCGGACUGCCGGCUGCUGCCAGUUUCAAGCACGUCUCCCCGGCUGGCGCCGCUGUAGGUGUCCCCCUUAACGAGAAGGAGCGCAAGGUCUACAUGGUCGACGAUAUUGCUGGUAUUGAGUCCUCCGGCUUGGCCCAGGCUUAUGCUCGUGCUCGCGGUGCCGACCGCAUGUCCAGCUUUGGCGAUGUCCUCGCUCUCAGCGACGUUGUUGACGUUACCACCGCUAAGAUCAUCUCCCGCGAGGUCUCUGACGGUGUCGUUGCCCCAGGGUAUGAGAAGGAGGCCCUCGAGAUUCUGUCCAAGAAGAAGGGUGGCAAGUACCUUGUCCUUCAGAUGGACGACUCCUACGUUCCUGCUGGCGAGGAAAGCCGUACCGUCUACGGUGUUCAACUUAACCAGCACCGCAACGAUAUUACCAUUUCUCCCUCCAAGACCUUCAACAACAUCAUCGUUCCCAAGGAUCUCAAGUCUCUUCCCGAGUCCGCUCUGAGAGAUCUUACCGUUGCCACCAUUGCCCUCAAAUACACCCAGUCAAACUCGGUCUGCUACGCCCUGAACGGUCAGGUUGUCGGUCUGGGCGCUGGUCAGCAGAGCCGUAUCCACUGCACACGUCUUGCUGGUGACAAGACUGACAACUGGUGGAUGCGUUUCCACGAGCGUGUCCUGAACAUCAAGUGGAAGGCCGGCACCAAGCGUGCUGACAAGAGCAACGCCAUUGACCUGCUGUGCUCAGGCCAGACCCCUCGUAACGAGAUCGAGCAGGCCGAGUACGAGCGCGUUUUUGAGGAGGUCCCCGCGUCAUUCACACAGGAAGAGCGCGAAUCCUGGCUCAAGGAGCUGGGCGAGGUUACCGUCUCCUCGGACGCUUUCUUCCCCUUCAUCGACAACGUUUUCCGCGCCGCCCGCUCUGGUGUCAAGUACAUUGCUGCUCCCAGCGGUAGCCAGAACGACACUCCCGUCUUCGAGACCGCGGAGAAGCUCGGCAUGAUCUUCGUCGAGCAGGGCACUCGUCUCUUCCACCACUAG